AUGGGUUCAACAGCCAGGUCGAAUCUGGAAUUUAUUCCUCUCCACAACACGUUUGGAGCGUCCGUGGAGGGAAUGACAUGGAGCCUUCCAACCCCGCCAGAAAUUCUCGAGGAGGUCAUGAGCGGCGUUCACAAGUAUGGAGUGUUAGUCUUUAGAAAGGCCAAUCUCAACAACAGCCAACACAUCGCCUUCUCCGAGCAACUCGGCGAACUGGACGAUGUCAAGGCCCAUAUGAAAGCCGGUCGAGCCAUGCGGUUUCCGGAUCAGCCCGAGAUCUUUGAUGUCUCCAACCUUGAUGAACAUGACCGAAUCGUUACAGAUGCAGAUCCAGUGAGGAAGGGCAACAACAAAGGCAACACCCUUUGGCACGCUGAUAUGGCCUACAACCCUCAGAGAUGCGCAUAUUCUCUGCUUCGGGCUGUUGAGCUGCCUCCUCGAGGAACGGGAGGAGAGACUGAAUACCUUGAUUCGCGCACGGCGUACGACGAUAUGCCUCAGGACAUGAAGGAACGAGUCAAUAAUUUAAUCACGAACAACUCGCUCUUUCACAACCGCAAACUCGCUGCACCCGAUGUCUUUGAGAGUAUCGAGCCUCUCGACUACCCCAUGUCCCGUCACCGACUUGUGCAGAUACACGAGGGCUCUGGGCGCAACAACAUCUACGUCACUACGUACGCGCACCAUUUCGAUGACUCGACGAUGGAGGAGAGCAAGCCGCUCCUAGAGGAGUUGCUGGCCUGGGUGUCACAGCCAAAAUACAAGCUCACUGUGAAGUACGAGAACGACGGUGACCUGGUCAUGUGGGAUAAUCGAGCCGUACUGCAUCGCGCAACGGAAACGGGGACAUAUGACGGCAAGUACAGGCGAGAUAUGAGGAGGACUACAGUCAAGGAUGGGGGCAAGUUUGGGUGGGGUGAGAAUGGCGUCGGGUGUUGCUGGCAAGCUGGGCUCACGAAAUGA